AUGGGCCACAGCAUCCGGCAAGCCUUGAAUAUUUCCAAGAUUCAGAUCGGGAUGCAGGUCAGGGAAUGGCUCGUCUUCAAGCUUUGCCUCAUCUUCCAGCCAGAUCUCCACCUGAUUCCAGGUGCUGUUCACCACUUCCUCGACGUCUUGUUGGACACUGUCAAUCAACUGCGUGAAGUUGAAUCCCUCUCCUACGGAUCGAAGGUAUCCGGACACCGAGCCGCCGAAGUAGCAUGUUUUGCAGACGAUUUUGAUGUCUGGCACGCUAGACUCAACGUUUUGUUAGAAUGGGACGGCUCAGUUAUUUAG